CUCCCAGAAGCUCCACGCUCACCUGGACAUUCUCAAGAACUCCAACUUCCUGGGUGCGUACGACAGCAUCCGCAGCUCCCACAACAAGUCUCGUGACGCCGAGCGCAGAGCCAACCAAUCAACCAUCACCUCGCCCAGCACCGUCAGCCAAUCAGCAGACACUCGUCGGCGGGCCGAGCGCCUCAUCUCAGCUAAGAAGGACGACUUCAACCGGAAGAACGCCGCCAACAAGCGAGCCCUGAGCGACCUGAACGUCCGGGCCCAGGGCCUGGACAUGAAGAAGAUCAAUGAGAAGGUGUGCGGUGCCCCCGGCAACGCCCCCUGCACCGACAGCCCCUGCGGAGGGGCGGGUUGCCGUGACGACGAGGGAAAGCGUCACUGCGGGGGUCUGAACUGCAACGGCGCCGUGGCGAUGGCGGACAGCGCUCUGGAGAAGUCGCUGCACGCGGAGAAGGAGCUGGGCAGGGCCAUGGGAGAGGUGGAGGGGCUCUUUAGCAAGGUGGCGGAGGCUAAGCUGAGGGCUGAGGAGGCCCAGCAGCAGGCACAGGCUGUGCUGGACAAGGCCUCCAGGACCAAGGACACGGUGCAGCGCUCCAACGACCACCUCAGAGACCUCAUCAAGCAGAUACGGGACUUCCUCAUGCAGGAGGGGGCGGACCCAGACAGCAUAGAGACGGUUGCUAACGGUGUGCUGCAGCUGUCCAUCCCUGCGUCGCCGCAGCAGGUGCGCCACCUGGCCGAGGAGAUCAAGGAGCGCGUCCGCAGCUUGGCCAACGUGGACGCCAUCUUGGACCAGACACAGGAAGACGUCCGCAAGGCUGAGAAGCUGCUGCUUGAUGCCAAGAGGGCCAGGCACGGUGCGGAGGGUGUGAGGACCACGGCGGAGGCGGUGCAGCGGGCGCUGGAGGACGCCAGGGCGGCGCAGGACGCGGCAGACAAGGCCAUCAGCAGCGCCAGGAAGGACCUCAGAGACACCGAGGACCGCCUGGCGCAGAUCGAGCUGGAGACGAGCAGUGGGGAGCAGCAGCUGGGUGGGGUGGUGGGCCGGCUGGGGGGCCUGCAGGAGGGCAUGGAGCUGCUGAAGACACAGAGAGCCUCCAACAGCAUGGCUGCUGCCAGGGCAGAGGAGACCGCCACCAUGGCGAGGGACAAGGCCAAAGAGGCCAAGCAGAUCCUGGAGGGGGAGCUGAGAGAUAAGUACCAGACGGUGCAGGGCCUGGUGGACAGGAAGGCCGGGGCCGUACAGGAAGCCAAGCAGAAGGCCGAGCGUCUCCGGGACCAGGCCAAGGAGCUGCUGAGGGACGCCCAGGACAAGCUGCAGAGGCUGGCAGAGCUGGAGAAGGACUACGAGGAGAACAAGCGGACGUUGGAGGGCAAGGCCAGGCAGCUGGACGGCCUGGAGGACAAGAUGAGAGGCAUCCUCAACGACAUCAACAAGCAGAUACAGAUCUACAACACCUGCCAGUAACACCUGUCCAGAAACACCUGUUUAGAACGUCUAGAAACACCUGUUUAGAACGUAUACAAACACCUGUUUAGAACGUCUGAAAACGUCUAUCCAGAAUGUCCAGGAACACCAUGAAUGUGUCAACUAGUGUACAAUGUCCUCGAUCACCUGUUUAGAACAUCCACACCUUUUUAGAAUGUCCAAAAACAUAUUCAGAAUGUCCAGAAACAGCUUUUAGAAUGUCCAAUAUUACAUCAAACAUUUGGGGCUUGUUACUGUUUCACACGUGUCUAGAAACCCUGAGCUCUGAAACGGCUACAGACAUGUUUUUGUAUCAAAUAUUUGCCUUUUUCUCUUUUAGAACCCUCUUUUCAGAAUCUGUGCAUUUGCGUUGAACUAGCAUACUGUAUAAUGUUGUGGAGAUUGCAUUUUAGGAACUGUGUACUGGCUUGGUUGUCAAUGGUGUGAAUAUUUCAGAGUACUGUAAUAAAUACGACCCUGUUUGGGGAUAUCU